AUGGCGCCGCCGUGCCGGAGAGUGUGUGUGGGGGGAAAAAGGACAGAGGUACCUAAGGACAUUGCUUCCACUGAAGAUGACAGCCUCUCUUCUAGGAUAAAGAAUCCAGUACAAGGCAGUCUACCUUCUAGUUCAACAGAGACAACACUGAAAAAGAAUAUGCAGGGUACAGUUCCCACUGACAUGGAGCUCAUGUCCUCCAUGAUGCAAAAAAUUGCUCUGCUGGAACAAAAAGUAAAGAAACAAGCACAAGAAAUCCAACUGAAGGACAGGAAGAUUGCUGAACUUGAGGGGAAGAUGAAGACCCUUCAGAAAGAAGAAGAUGCUCCUGACUCAUCCAGAGCAGAGGAACUGGAAAUGAGGUGCCUUCAAUUGCAGACCCAGGUCUGGGAGAUGGAGCGGUUUCUAAAUGACUAUGGUUUGAUUUGGGUUGGAGAGAGUCAUGAACAGCUGGAAGAUUUAGAAUCCUUCAAGGAUGAAGAAAAGCUGCCAGCAAGGAGUCUCUGGAAGCCAGGUGAAGCAGUUGCUUCAAAACACCAGAUUGAUUUUGACUUAAUUUUGGAAAAUGUGAAGGAUUUGAAUGCAUUGGCUGGGGAAGGCAUUUCUCAAAUCGAGCACAUGCCUGGAGGUGCUCGGCUGAGACAGCCAGAAUCCCUCCCUCUUACGCUGUAUCAGAAUGGAAUCGUCAUGUGCAAUGGACCUUUUCGGCCCUACAAGGAACCAUCUACGCAGCAAUGCCUGCAGGAUAUCAUGGAUGGCUAUUUCCCUUCAGAGUUGCAGACACGCUACCCUAAUGGCAUUCCUUUACAGGUCACUGACAAGAGGGACGUGUUAUUUCAGGAGAGAUGCCUUCCAGGGAAUUUUCCUGGCCGUGGCCAAGUGGUUGACCAUUCAAAAUCAAGUGAGGUGCAGGAAACCACUGAGAUCCCAGGUCCUAAACUCUCACUGGAGCAGUUUUUGAACAAACUCCCCAAGUCCUUGAUCCGUGGAGGACAAGUGAUCCAUGUCCGAGACUCAAUCAGAGCAACGCUACAGGGCUCUGAUGGGGUGCAGAGCAGUGAAGUGAUCCAAGUGGAGACACCUAGGCUGGCUGCCCUGAAGAGGGUGAAGACAGCUGAGGAAGCCAAGCCGCCUGCCCCAGAUAUCUGCACUCUCCGGAUCAAAUCUGAGACUGGGGAGCAGACGUACAUUGUAAAGAUGCUCUUCACAGAGACCAUAGGGGACCUGCGCCAACACCUCGCCCACACCAGGGGUGGAGACUCCGAGUCAUAUGAAAUCAUCAGUACCUUUCCCCAGAGGGUGUAUGUGGACAACUCCCAGAGCCUGCAGGACUGCGGCCUGAUCCCUAACGCCUCCUUGCUGCUGCGAAAAGACCCCUUCGAACAAGGGGGGACAGGGCUGCAAAUAGCUCAACAGCUUCUAGCACGACGGUUGCUGUUCCAGCUGCUCCUCCUGCCAGGACUGGGCUGGUCUCUGCAAGAGGAAGGAGUUGCCUUGCACAGUUAG